AAUAUCGCCCAGCGAUUGGUCGGGGAAAUGUCCGAUUCCUACCAUCCGUACGUGCUUGUCAGUUCCAGAUCCAAAGGUGCUUCCGCCCCUUCCGUUUGAUUCAGAAUCUGUGAAAUCUAAACAGUUCGUGCCUUGCUGUUUUGCGCCUCACUUUUGACGGAGUGGAGUAGAGGCGAUCGAUGGCCUUCCAGCACCAGCCUGGCACAGCUAUGCAGUGCUUAAGUAUCCCCAUAAAGCUUGCGAAGGAGGUUGGCAUCGACUCUGAAGGCAGGGAAGUGAUGAAAUGUGGAUUCAAGAUUGGAGGCGGCAUCGACCAGGACUUCACACGUAGCCCGCAAGGGUACACCGAUAACGGUAUCUACGUUACCGAGGUUUACGAAAGCAGCCCAGCAGCCAAGUGUGGCCUUAAAGUGCACGACAAGAUACUACAGGUGAACGGCUACGACUUCACUAUGGUGACUCACAAGAAGGCUGUCGAGUACAUCAAAAAACACCCUGUUCUCAACAUGCUAAUAGCCAGGAAGGGGGUGACGCAUUCCUGAAGACUCCUGUAGGACAGAGAUUUCCAUGGACACCUGCUGAGCACUCCCCAGACCCUGACGUUGAGCUCUGAAAAAGUACUCGCUGCCCAGUUUCUUAGCUGGCUCAUCACAUGUCACUUUGUCAGUGUUCAUUGUGUGUUCUUGUGGGGUAUCGUGAUACUGUACCUCCGUCACUUUUGACCAUACUCAGCUACAGCUUAAGAAGAAAUGUCCGCUACGCCCAAAGCCAUCACUGUCCCUCCCACAGAGAACGUGCAUAAAUGCUCCAUCCAAUAGCACUUAUCAUUUUUGUGAAGUCAUGCACUUCUCGGGUGUUCCAGAUAGUUUGACUUUCCCAUAAAGACACACGUGUGUCGCUGCUUUUAGGUCGGAAACUUGAAUGCCCUAGUGAAUUUCAUCAGGGAUUCUGGCAUCACUGCUCAGCUAAACGUAAUGUUUUUGGUGGUCACAAUGAACCUUUAACUCUUAAUACGCGUAGUAUUUACAUUAGCCAAGAGAAAGUACUUGCCGUUCGAGUGGAAACCAACUAUACUCGCGGACAAGUUUUCUUCGCAAAGAAGCAAAGGCUACAGAACCAAAUCGUGCUUAUCCUAGCACUAACAAACGUAGUCCCACAAUUGUGUCUUUAUUUUUUGUGUGAGAUAUCGAGAAAUACUCCUUUAUUUUCUACAUGUAGCUCUUUGAGACAAGAUGCAGCUCAGACCAGUGAGAUAUUUGUAUUUGUUUUAUUUUAUACGUUGUCACUUUGCGUUUUUGCACGCAAAAGAAAGUCACUCCUCUCACGUGUACCUCGAAGGCUAAGCGGCGUCUGCAUCAGUAUGCAACGCAGAUUGCACGCAGCCGUCGCUUUUCACAGUGGCGCGAAACGCGCGUCAUGCCGGACUACUUCGCGUAGGAGUAGAUGUGCAGAAAGAAGCUGUGCCUCCCCCCCCCCGUAGCUUUCCCUUCAUUGCCAAGAAAAGUUGUCCACAACUAUAGCGCGACUGUCUUUCAAAGGUAAAGAACAGGCAUGCUGCGAUUUUGUGGGCGGAGCUGACAUUUUUUUUUUUUAGGUUGUAACCGAGUAUAACAGCGUACUGUUGGUCCCACUGUGUCUGUUUUACAUCGGCCACUCCUUGUCUAUUUUUCCUCUAAAUUUGUCACUUUGCCUCUUUCAGCAACCGAGACAGUGUGUAAGUGUGCAACUGAUACUGUCAUAAAACAACAUUAUCAGAAAUCAUGCUUGCCAAAAGGAAAAGGGAGGCAGAAUUUAUCCGUCUGAGUGCAUUGUGACAUUUUAUGAGGUACAUUGUGGGUGCACAGCAGUUGGCAGCGUAUGGUGCUGCCCCCUCAAGUGCGCCUGGUUACUUAAAUGCAUGAGGAAACUGAAUGUCUUCAGCAGUUUGGAGUAAUCGUGCUCUCGUGGUAUCAUUUGUUCUUUCCUUUCCCCAUGAACUCAAUCUAUGAGCACAAGAAACAGUGGCUACAGCUUCAAUUCCUGGCUGUUGCAUUUCAAUGGAGGUGUUGUGCAGAAGCAUCUAAUGUAGCGUGCUUUGGGUGCACGUGAAAGGUUCUCAGGAGGACAAAACUUAUCCGGAGUAAUCCAUAUCUCCAGUAGCCCUUCUGUUUCUUUGGUAUGAUGAAUCCAACCAACUAAACCUUAAGAUGAGUGUGUAAAACUAAGUGCUGCAUUUUACAGUGUGAGGUAAAAGCCAGCCAAGCCUGUACAAUAUGCAGCAUCAUUACUAAAUUUGGAGAAGCUGUGUUCUCUCACAAGCCACCAUGCAUUUCCUGAUGAAUUUAGAAUAGUCCCAUUGUUGCGAAAAAUGCCUGAAAAAUGUAUUGCAGUACUGCACUUGUUAUCCAGACUUCACAAAGAGCAAUGCAUAUGCUUGCUGUUUGCACUGUUGAAGCCAGAACUGCUCUUUUGAUAGAACACUUGUUUUAUAAAACUGCUUCACACCGCUACCUCCUAACAGUUCGGGCAGACUAGUGAUGCUUAGGAGUUUUAUCUCUUGAUGAAGCUCAGCAAAAAUUUUGCACUACAGCUGGUGAGCUUCAUGGAAGCUAUGCAGGUGUAGCCAUCUGGCUGCACACUGAUUCACAUUGAUCAUUUCGUUCCUGUGCUGCCAGAGAUGCUAUUCUCGGACCGUCACUUAGGGAGAUACUUUGACUUUCUCGAGACAGUGUAACAAACACCAGACACAUCAGCCUCUACAGGUGACAGUAUUUCUGGCACUAUUCUAGGACCUGCGUGGCUCUGUGCCAAGGAUUCUACCACUUGUAGAUGCCAUUUGUGUUACAUUCGACUGAUCGCUUCUGCCCUCAGGCUUGGAUGGCAACAAUGCGGAGUGCUGUCUUGAUCCCAGACGGAGAAAGCAUGUCUGAGCCGAACAUGCACCCCCUUACCAGAGUAAUUGGAGGCUGGAAGAGUAAACACGUCAGCACGUCUUUUAUUGCAGACACUGCGCAGUGGCUGAUGUAGCACCAACAACAAAAGCCACAUGAUUGGAAUUACGCCAAAUCUUGGUACCGCUCCAAGGUAUAAGUUGAGGGCGCUUUAGAGCACUCCAAGCUGGAGAACGGUGCUCCGAAAGAAUGAGCUUAAUGUGGCGUGCGUCCUGCAGCACUUGAAAACGACCAGCCGUAUGUACCAUUAGUCUCUCUAGUCGCAUCAGAUGGCAUACACUCAACAGUAAUCGUCCGAGAAUGCAACCCCUGUAUGCAGAACGAGACAUACUGGUUGCUUCCACGUACAAUGCUGCGGCAAUUUUGCCGCAUCUCAAGUUCUACAUGCUAUAGCGGGAGAAAACGUGAAAAUAGCGUUUUGACUGUCUGCAUUUUCUCAAGCACCUCGAGUGACUGCCCUCAUGACAACAGUCGGUUGUCAAGGUACUUAAUGCACUGCCCACACGACCUCCGAUUUAUCUAUCGUACACAUAUAUAACAAAGUUCUGCACUUUGCAUAGUUGUCAUAUAGAAAUGGCUACCAUUACUUGGGUUAAUUUGCAGUCAAGAAUAUCCUGUGUAUGAAAUACUACAUAUAUCUGUGUUUUAAAAGAAAAUGAGCUUUAAUACCCUAAUUGCUGUUGCAGGAAACUUUCUAAAACUGUUGAAAUGUACCUUAUAUAGCAUCAUAGCAAAUGCCCAAAUGAAAUUUUUUAUUGCCUUGGUGUAUGUUUAAGUAGGCACGGUUGAAAUGGCAGCUCUGUGUCGACAAUGCUUUUAACGAGUGAUGAAAUGUUCACCUGUUGCUUAUCGGUGUGUUGGCAUAGCUUCAACUCUGUUGUGUUCUGUGUUUAGUGGGUUACAUGUAGAGCCACCAAAGGUUUAAUAUAUAUACAUAUAUUAUAUAAAGAUUACAUAGUGUAUACGUUAUAUAGCCCUGUUAGUCACUAUGUGUUGUGUUGUAUUGUGAAAAAAAAAAUUUGUUCCAAGUUUUUCAGACAUUAUAAGCAACACUUGCACUAUGAGUGCAUAGUUACAUUCCAGUUACACUACACUGUCAGAAUUACAGCUGUUAACUUAUCUUCAUGCUCCCAGUCGCUUCCCUUUAUUUUCAUCAGCAUUCUUAUAUUCAUUGCGGAAAAUUUUCUCCAUUUUGUGUCAUCACUUUCGAGUUCUUUUCCAGCACAUUCUUUCAGAAUGCUCCGAGAAAUUACUGUUUCAGAAGGAAAUAAAAG